UGUGUGACGAGUGAGAGAGACACACACUUGGCUUCUCAAUCCCCCUCUCCCCUUUAUCUCACUGUCGUCAGGAGGGAGGGCUCUUCCGUUCUGGUCACCUCUUCUACAGUCUCCUGCUGGCUCCCGCUGGCUCCUACUGGCUCCUACAGGCACUUUAUUAACACCCUACUGACCCCUCCGGAACCAUAUGCCCAUAGGUGUUGCCGCCUGUUCAGUACGCCGUGACCUUCUUCAGAUGGAAGGAAAUCGAUGUUAAAAGAAGAGAAAAACAAAUAAGAAAAGAUAAAUAAGAAAAGAGGAAACAAGUGUAGUGAAGUAAAUGAAGUGAGAGUGAAGUGAAGUAAGGAGACCCUGAAGUAAGAAGACAGUGAGGUGAAUAAACGGUGAAACAAGGAUACAGUGAAGUGAGGAGAGAUAUCUAAGAGGAGAGAGAGAGAGAGACAUUGAGGUGAAAGUGAGGUGAGGAAAGUGAGUCAACAUGAGGCUCACCGUCAUCAACUUCGUCUUCAUUUUCUGCAGCUACUCCCUCAGGAUCUUGGCUCUUCCUGACGAAAUCCUCAUCGGUGGGAUCUUCGACGAACAGGAUAAGAUUCAGGACCUUGCCUUCAGGUACGCUGUAGAGAGAGUCAACAAGGAUCGCUCUACACUACCCAGGUCUAAACUGAAGGCGCAUAUAGAGUUGUUACCGGGUGAUGACUCCUUCCAGGCAUCUAAGAGAGUGUGUAUGUUGCUAAGACACGGGGUAGCAGCCAUCUUCGGCCCACAACGAGAAAAGACCGCUAACCAUGUCCAGUCUAUAUGCGAUGCUAUGGAGGUUCCGCAUAUUGAAACACGGUGGGAUUAUAAACUGGCCCGUGAUGAAUAUUCGCUUAAUUUAUACCCCUACCCACCGUCUCUCAGUGAGGCGUAUCGAGACAUCCUGCUGCAGCUUAAGUGGAGGAGUUUCGUAAUCCUGUACGAUAGUAACGAGGGGUUGGUACGGCUACAGACACUGCUGAAGGAGAAAUCGUGGACCGUGGCAGUGAGGCAGCUACCCAAGGGAGAAGAUUAUAGACCACUACUGAAGGACAUACGUCGAUCUCAAGAGACCCGCAUCGUGCUGGACGUGGCUCAGGAUAAGAUCUACCAAGUGUUACGUCAGGCAGCGCAGAUCGGCCUUAUGCGAGAGUACCACAACUACUUCAUCACUUCCUUGGAUUUUAAUCAGGUGGACCUCGAGGACUUCCGAUACGGGGGUACCAACAUCACGGGAGUCCAACUGGUGAAUCCCGCAACACCUCAGCUGAAGAAGGUGUUGGAGGAGUGGAUGUAUGGGGAGCUACGUCAUGGUCGCUCUCUCCCAGACGACAUCAAGAAAGUCACGACGGAGGCGGCGCUCAUGUACGACGCGGUGACACUCUUCGCCAAGGCUCUGGACGACCUCGACAACUCCCGCGAGGUGAACAUCAUUCAGCUCCACUGUGAGGGCGACAACACCUGGCAACAUGGCACCUCCCUCAUCAACUUCAUGAAGUGGUACAGCUCAAGACACUACGCUACAGCCAGCGAUAACAGACGAGGCAACAUCCACGACCCAACACGGAAUUUCUCACACUUUGGUCAGGCUCAAGUUCACGGCCUCACAGGGGUCAUCAAGUUCGAUUCAUCCGGGUUCAGGUCUGACUUUCAACUCGAGAUCUUGGAAAUGGACGUGAAGGAGACGCUAAAGAAGGUGGGGACGUGGACGCUGGCAGGAGGCGCUAACUACACCAGGUCGUGGGCGGAGACGGUGGAUGCUGUCGAGUUUAACCUACAUAACAGAACCCUUAUUGUCUCUACGGCCCUGACGCCGCCCUACACCAUGCUGAAGGAGACAUCACAGCGCCUGGAGGGGAAUGACAGGUUUGAGGGCUUCUGCGUCGACCUCAUCCACGAGAUCUCACUCAUCCGUGGCUUCAACUACACCUUCAGGAAAGUGGCUGACGGCUCCUACGGCACCAAGAACAGGGAGACGGGAGAGUGGAACGGCAUCGUCAGGGAGCUCCUUGACCACAAAGCUGACUUGGGUAUCGUGGACUUCACCAUUACUUAUGAACGAGAAGAAGCUGUUGACUUCAGUAUGCCAUUCAUGAACCUUGGUAUCAGUAUUAUCUACAAGAAGCCCCAGAAGAAGUCCCCCAGCCUCUUCUCCUUCAUGUCCCCGUUUUCCCUGGACGUCUGGAUCUACAUGGCAACUGCUUACCUGGGCGUGUCUGUCCUGCUGUUUAUCUUGGCCAGGAUCGCGCCCAACGAGUGGGAUAACCCUCAUCCUUGUAUCCAGGACCCGGAGGAGCUCGAGAACACCAUCAGUCUAAGCAAUGCCUUCUGGUUCACGAUCGGUUCCCUUAUGCAGCAAGGGUCUGAUAUCGCCCCCAAGGCUGUGUCAACACGCAUCGUGGCCGGGAUCUGGUGGUUCUUCACGCUUAUUAUGAUUUCCUCCUACACCGCUAACCUGGCCGCCUUCCUGACUGUCGAGAGGAUGGAUUCCCCCAUUGAGGGCGCUGAGGACCUAGCCAAGCAGACCAAGAUCAAGUAUGGCUGCAAGAAGGGCGGCUCUACCUACUCCUUCUUCAUGGACAGCACCAUACCGACCUAUCAGAGGAUGUGGUCAGCUAUGGUUAACGCUCGCCCUACGGUGUUCACGGAGAGUAACGACGAUGGUGUUGAAAGAGUGGCUAAGGCUGAUGGUCAAUACGCCUUCCUCAUGGAGUCGGUGUCCAUUGAGUAUGUGGUGGAGAGGAAGUGUGAACUGACCCAAGUUGGAAGUUUACUGGAUUCUAAGAGCUAUGGUAUCGCCUUGCCUCCUGGUUCGCCAUACACGGGUGCCAUCAGCUCGGCCGUGUUAAUGCUCAAAGAAAACGGGAAAUUACACAUAUUGAAAAACAAGUGGUGGAAACAGCGUAAAGGAGGAGGGCAUUGUCAGAGAGAGGCGUCCUCCACCAAGUCGAGCGGGGCGGCGGAGUUGGGUCUGGCUAACGUGGGCGGUGUGUUCGUCGUCCUUAUAGGUGGCAUGGGUCUCGCAGCUCUCAUGGCCGUCUGCGAGUUUAUGUGGAACGCUAGAGAGUUGGCUACUGACGAGAGUGCGUCGUUCUGUGACGAGCUGAGCAGCGAGGUGAAGUUCAUCAUCAAGUGUUCUGGCAACACUAAGCCCGUCAGGAAGAAAGCUCCGUCUACCCCUGAAGAGCCACUGUUUACCUACGGCUCCUACGGCGCCAACUACGGCUACUCUGAGAGGAAGUGAUCAUAUAUGACGUCUUCCUGAUGAUCUGAAGAAUAAGAUAUCGUAACUUAGCGUCUUACGAGGAUUUGAGUCAUAAAAUAUCGUAACUUAAGGUUUUAUAUAGUCAAGAAUAAGUUUAGAACUCACGUGGCUUAUUAAUUAUACCUACCGAAGUUAUACUCGUCGCGGUUAAUGGCAGCACUAGCAAACAGAUGACGUCACAAACCAGACCAGGGCAACUAUGUAAAAUAAUCAAUAUCUAAAUAUUUAAGCAAUGAAACUACCUACAGAUAGAUAAUAGUUUUAAGUACAUUCAUAAAAUUCUACUCUAAGGUUUUCUGAUGGUCUGUUGUAGUUCCUAUUUGUUUAAGUUAAGGGCUGAGAUAUAAUGAGUGAUUAAGUCUAGUCAAUAGUUGUAGUGUUAGUAAAUGAAUAUUUUUCUCAUCUUACCUUCUGGUUUUAUGGUUUGAAAACAGAUUUAUUUAAAAUUAAAACGAAAAUAAUGUAUAUCUACUCUUUCUCUACUUAUAUCAUGUGAAAAAAACACAAAAUUGUCCUCGACUAUUCAAAAAUAUAUAAAAAAAUAUAUAUAAUCAUAAAUAAAAACUAAUUUCGUGUUUAGUAAAGAUUUCGAAAUUCUAUGGUCGGGAAUUAAUUUUCAGAUAAUCUUUUGUUUUCCAACCAGCUAAAACCUCCGUUAUUCCAGCCAGAAUGCAUUACGCAACUUCUUGGUAUUACAAUAUAUAAGAUUAGAGGCGUCGUGGUACGUUGUGUGUGUUUAUACUGACUGGCCGAAGACUGUGACAGAAGAAUACUUGUUAUCGUAUACUGAAGUGUGCUAUCUAAACAAGCAUAAUUACACAUGAACACGAAAACAAUAAAAUAUAUACAGUACAUAAAAUAUCAACUGUCCUUGUUCACUACUAGUUUCCCGAAUAAUUUCUGUAUAUUUAUAUAUAUUCUCUUCACAACAACUCUUCUCAUGAAAGGAUCAGUUUGUGUGUGUGUGUGUGUGUGCUGUAUAUUCGUAUGUGUGACUG